GCCAGAGUAGUGUUGAGAGAGGGGGGGAGUGUUUAGAGUGUAUAUACACCACACCUACGUACAUACAUAAAUAUAGAGAGAAAGAUGAAGGAUGCUCUGAGCUUUCUCGCUUGUACUUAUGCGUCUUCAAUCCCAUUUCUGAAUUCCGUCUUUGUUUCCCAUUCCAAAACUGUCCCUAAUUUUGGUCGAAUUAAGGCAGAGAUAGAAAUUAGGGUUUGUCUGAACCGUGCAUGCCGGAGACAAGGCUCCAUGGAAACCCUCCAAACUCUCUCGGGCAUUGCCCCGCCGGAUGUCUCAGUCAGAUCCUGCGGUUGUUUGGGUCGGUGCGGUGGUGGCCCGAACCUCGUUGUUCUGCCUGGCGCCGUAUACGUCGGUCACUGCGGGACCUCGGCUCGUGCCGCUCAUACUAUGAUGGAUAUAUGCGGCGGCGAUUCCGAUUCUUGGAGGAAAAGUCUUGAAGCACUUGCAUUGAGGAAAAGAGCUGAAGAUGAGAUGGACAAGGGUAAUUUCCCUCAGGCUGAUCUUUUACUCUCAGAGGCUAUAGAUCUUAAUCCAUUUGGAGGUAUCCAUAUUUUAUAUAAAGAAAGGUCUGCUGCAAAAUUGGCAAUGGGCAACAUGGAUGAGGCUCUUGAAGAUGCUAAAGAAGCUUUGGCUCUAGCUCCUAAAUAUCCUGAGGCUUAUAUUUGCCAAGGUGAUGCAUUUAUGGCUAUGGACCAAUUUGAUGAAGUGGAGAAGUCCUAUUCGAUGGCUAUAGACUUGGAUCCUUCAAUACGUCGGACCAAAUCAUUCAAGGCUCGAAUUGCAAGGUUUCAAGAGAAGCUUGCCGCUGCGGGUUUAAUUUCUUGAAGUUAUAUGAAUCAGUCAUUAUAAUGAACACAACAGUUGCUUCUACUGUUUUCAGUAUCUCUGAUUCAACGUUUGCACGAAAUUAGGCUGCCUCUGCUAAAAUCAAAUGCCAAUUGGAUAUUGCUAGGCUUGUGCACACACUAUUGAUGGCUAUUUGAUUAGCGAAAGAUUCUUCCUGAACUCAUCAAGGGUAUCAUCAAAUGAGUGUUCCGGUUGAUCAAACUGGUGAUGAGCGUCCAUCUUUAUCCCAACUAUGCAGUUGUGGCUCCUCUCACAUCAGGCUUAUUGUGGGAAGCAAUGAGAGAACAAGGUAAGAAUAUCAUAUCAAGUAGCAUCAAUCUCUCAGAAGCGGUUUUUCUUCAUAUUCGGUUGCUGAUGAUGUAAUAAAAAAUGUUUAAAUUAAUGCCCUCAACAGCAUCAUUGUUGAGGGUAGAAGGUUCACAGUGUAGUACCGAUACUGUGAUUUGGUAGUCAUGCAAAUAAUACUAGAUAUAUGUUAUUGGUGUUUCAGUUCAACACAUUAAAUCUGAAAUAGCAAUGGCAAGCAUUGUGUAGUUUAGCCAUCCCCAUAGCUUUGUUAUAUACAUAAUGCUGGCUCUCUGUUCAGCAAGCUUUCAUUUGUAUUCGUUUGCCUAAAUGAUUAGAUAUGAUUGGAUCUUUCUUUUAUGGACAAAGCUUAUGUAAAUUUAAUCUUAUACACAUCAUAUGUAUCUUGGUUUUGUAAGCACCAUAUGCAUUUCUUUCUACUUUGAGCAUUUUGCAUUAAGCGUAUAGUAUAGUGCAGAAACACGCCUACAGCAUAGGGGUCACAAUGAUGGUUUUUGGGGGUAGGGAUGGCGUUGCUAUGUAAAAGAGUGAUUCCAUUUUUUCAAUGAAAGCUAUUGGUCUACCAAAAGCUUAUAGCUUAGCUCAACUAAGAAUCGGUAGGAAGUAUUUGGGCCAUCCAUGAAACCGAAAUUACUCUGCUUUGUUUACUACAAAACACGAUGGAAUAAGUACAUUGUUGGGAAGGAAGGAAUCAUCACAAAGAAAUUGGGAUUAUAAUAAAAUGAUGUAUUUUCUUGGCAGACUCAUUUCAAAUAAUAAGAAGAGCAAAAUACAUGGUGCAAAUGGUGUACAACUUUUCAUUUUUUUCACAUUGGAAUACGCAUGGUAUGGUCUCUUUCAAACUGCAAACCAAACUAAGCUUCAUAAAAGGAAUGCAUUCAAAUCCAGGUGGAGUGACUAAAUUGUAGUUCCAAGUUUAUAAUAAUAAAGCCGUUUCAAAUGAUUUCAGCCUUAUGUGACAAAAAAAAUUGUCACAAAAUCUCUGUUUUGCUCAAGUUUUCAGGAGUGCAAGUGCACAACUCAUAACACCCACAAUUUCAAUGUUUUCCACGGCAGCCAAAAAAUAAAUAAUAAAAAGAAAAUAAAUAAAAUUACAGAAACUCAAAAAUGUUAUAUAUAAUCAUUUAGAAGAAGAGCGUGCUCGCAAAGAAUUCAAAUCAGACAUUCAAAGACAAUUGCAACUGAAAAUAAUAAACUCAAAUAAAUAAGUACGUACAGGGUAUGACAGAAUCGCCAUCAAUUUUUUCCAAAUACAUUAUUACAAGACCCACAAAGGUUAUAUAUAAUCAGAGACGUGAAAAAGCUAACCUUUUUUUUUUUUUUUG